CAGUGCUGGAAGUGCCAGGGAUAUGGGCAUAUCUCUGCGAAGUGCAAGCACGAGGGCGAUGUCUGCGGACGUUGUGCUGGCCCCCAUCGAACCAAGGCCUGUGACCAGCACGGCCUGUACACAUGCGCCAACUGCCAAGGGGCUCAUUUCUCAUCGGAUCGUCGCUGCCCCACGCGCCGCACGGCUAAUGCUGAAGCGCGCACGGCCUUCUAUGCACAGCACGGCCUCUACCACGAGUCGGAAGCGACAGCUAUGGCUGCCGCGUAA